UCUCAUUGUUAGUGUCUUCUUCGUAGUGAUCCUAAACCCACUGGAGAAAAUUUAAUCGGAAAAGCUGCCUUAAGAUUGUUUUUUAAGUAAUGGAAACCGAUGAACCGCCACGCGUGCUUCCCUUUCAACUUCAAUUCGACAAACCAGUUGCCUCUCAGAUUAAAUUUGCGGAAUGGAAUCCGGAGAAAGAUUUGCUGGCUAUGGUUACUGAGGACUCCAAGAUUUUGCUGCAUCGCUUCAACUGGCAAAGACUCUGGACAAUUUUUCCUGGAAGGUGCAUUACAUCCUUAUGUUGGUGUCCGGAUGGUAAAGCAAUAGCAGUCGGGCUCGAGGAUGGCACAAUUUCAUUGCAUGAUGUUGAAAAUGGAAAGCUGUUGAGAAGCUUAAAGUCUCAUAUUGUUGCUGUCGUGUCCCUUAACUGGGAGGAGGAUGGACAAGUGAUUAAAGAUGAUUCUGUUAACAAUUCAACAUAUGAGGACCGAACUUCUCGUUUCUUCCCUCCUGCUCCAAGAGUUCCUCGGAUGCCUGGAUUGGUACCCGGGGAUACCGGCUUCAUGGAUGAUAGUGAAGAUUCAUUCCGUGAGCUUUCAAAUUCCUCAUACCAACGGUUUAACAUUUUAUGUAGCGGUGACAAAGAUGGAAGCAUAUGCUUUAGUAUAUUUGGAAUAUUUCCGAUAGGGAAAAUAAACAUACACAAUUUGUCUAUUCCUAUUCCCUUUGCAACUGAGCCAACUACAUACAGACUUUCAAAUGCUUCAAUUUCCAAGGUUGCAUUGUCAAAAGACCUUUGUCAUCUGAUAGUAAUGUGUUCUGGAGAACUUAAUCAUGAUGAGGUUGAAUCAGCUGAGAGACAGCUGGAUAUGCAUGGUUUUCAUUGCUUACUGCUUGAUACUUCUAUCUUUUGGAAGAGGAAAAAUGAACUCCAUCAAGUUGCCCAACAAGCUUCUAACAUUGAGGAUUUAAUUGAAGUUAUUCGCACAUCAUUAUCAGUAAUGUCUAAGCAGUGGAAAGAUGCCAUGCACACUUUUCAUGAGAAGUUUGAUUCUCUGUCUAGGUUAAUAAUUGACCAUGGUAACUUUCUGAUUGGAGUACUAAAAAUUUUAAUUUUCCAUUUCUGCCGCAUAUCCAUAUGUUUUUUUUUCUAUCACAUGCAUGUAGGGCUGGACUCAUCACCCCAAGAGGAGUUUCUGAGCCUCCUAGGUGGUGCCCGGACUAGUCCGCCAGUUCAUCAGUUUCUAGUUAACUCUCUGGGUGAAUUGGGAGUUAAGCGUGUGUCAAAGGUCGUUUGUGGUGCUGGAAAAGAGCUACAGCAUGUUGUCCUUGAUCAUCUUCAGCCUGCUGCAGAAAUUAUUUGUUUCAGGAUGGGAGAACUUAGAGGUCUUUCUAGAUGGCGCACUCGUUUUCAGGGUAUUGGCCUCGACGAGACUCUUAUCAAUAAUGCAACAGAAAAAUCUGGAAUAUUACUAGCACAAGUUGAGAGAUUUAUGAGGGUGCUUUCCUCUGUGGUACAGCAGUUUUCAAACUUCUUUAAUUGGUUGCUAAAGUGCAUAAAGCUACUUAUGCAAGAGCCAAGUGAUCAGCUUCUACCCUAUAACAGCGAACUUCUUGUUAUAUUCUUGAAGUUCUUAUAUGAUCAAGAUCCUGUCAAGCCCUUUCUGGAGCUGUCUGAAGUUGAUAUCGAAACUGAAAUGGAAGCAGUGCAAAGAGUUAGAGAAUUGGUUCAUUUUGGAGGAUUUUCUGAUUGUGAAUAUCUAAGGAGGACAUUAGCUGAAGAAUUUAAACAGAUGGAGUCUAGUUUCAAGGAGGCUUUCCUGAUGCCUUUUACUACAAUUUCAAGGAAGAUGGUUUGUAAGGAUGUGCUACCACUGUUUGCUCUACCAUCUUCACCUGCAUCUGUAUCUUUCAUGAUCCCCAUGUCUGUAACGUACUACAAGGGUGCCUCCACUGCUAUCUCAUCUUAUCAGACUCCUGAACACGGGUUUAUCGAUUAUAUUUCUUUCCAAAUCCAUGGUGACUCUUCCUCAAAUAUCAUUAAUUGUAUAGGUAUAUCAAGAGGAUUCAUGCAUAGUUUGAGCAAUCGUAUUGAGGAAUCUGCGUCUUUGGAAGCUAUUUUGUUGUCGGUUCCUGAUGGUUAUCACUGUGUGGAUCUAGCGUUAUAUAAGGAUGGUCAAAUCGUUUUGCUAUUGAAUGAAACUGCUGAUGCUUCCGAAAGCUCUGGAGAAUCUUGUAUGAUGAUCGUCCAAGCUAAUGAACUCCCAUUUGUGUCCAUUCCAAGAUCCAGUUGUGUAAACACCUGGAACCUAGAUCAGCUAAAGGACUCGAUUAUGCACCUACAACUGGAGAAUGAAAAGGUUCGAAAUAUCUCACACUCCGUAGUCGCUCCUCUGGCAGUUAGUGCAUCGAGAGGUGUAGCUUGUGUUUUUGCUGCAAGGAAGCGUGCCUUGGUCUACAUACUGGAUGAAGAUGAAGAUGAUGUUUCAGAUACUGAAUGACCGGUCCCUCUCUAACUGUUGUAUUGUUUGUUAAACUAUAU